AUGGCAAAAUACUGUUCUAGCAAAAAGGCUCAAAAGCGCAACAAGGCUUGUUUUACUACCCUAGAUGAUAUCCCGGAGGAGAAACCCUAUGAAGGAAUAUCAAGUUGCAAUACACUUUUUGCCAAAACUAAAUGUGAUCUAUUUAGUGAAUCUAAUCAACUCCCAAAGAACUGUUUGGAAAAAAUUGAGUUGGAGACUGAGGAAAAUCUAAAGUUAAACAGGGAACUUGAUAACCUUAGAAAAUCCUUGUCAGAGAAAACUCAAGAGGCAAAGUCUGAGCAAGAGAAACUGGUUGACAUUCCUAAUCAACCAAAUUUGUCAGAAGUUAACAAAAAAAAAGAGGGUUGCGAUAUUUGGAAGUUCAGUCUUAUAGGUCGUCUGGAUUUCAAGGGUAUUAAUUUUCAAGAUGUGAAGAAUAGUUUUGAGCAGCAAUGGCAGCUAGGUCAGGGCCGUGUACAAUUCAUACCUAUGAAUAGAGGCUUUUAUAUCAUCAAGUUGCAAUCAAUGGAAGAUCGAGACAGGAUUCUUAAUGUUGAGGCGUGGAUGUUUGAACAACAAAAGCUUAACCUAAUGGAAUGGUUCCAUGGUUUUGAUGCGGAAAAACACAAUACUUCUCAUGCUACGGUAUGGGUUAAGUUCCCUGGUUUGCCUGUUGAGUAUUGGAUUGAGAAGAAUUUACUGGCGUUUGGUAAAUCCCUUGGUACUCCAGUUGUGGUUUAUAAAGGCACAUUAGAUCAUGAAUAUGGUUAUUACGCUUCAGUUCUCAUAGAUAUUAACUUUGCUGAGCUUGACACUGAUGGUAUUCAUAUUAUGGUUGGGGGUCGUGAUUUCUGGCAACCAAUUGAGAUACAAAAAAGACCUAAAUUCCGCACUAAGUGUAAAAUAAUUGGUCAUGUUGAUUCGAAAUGUAGAAAGAAUCAUAAGAAUUUAGCUGGUAAUCCGUUGUAG